CGUUUUAUUCGAACGGGUUCAAUGCGUACUGGUUAAUGGUCGUUGCCUAUGAUGUAAAAGAGAGAUCCAAGGUCACAGAAGUUUUCAAACAAGCCCAAAUGUACAACCUCACCAUUGUUAGAACUUGGGCUUUUAACGACAAUCCCGGGAAUUUUUCCUUGCAGUCCAGCCCCGGCGUCUACGAUCAAACCAUGUUUCAGGGGUUGGAUUAUGUGAUAUCCGAGGCUGGGAAAUAUGGGAUAAAGCUGAUCUUAAGCUUGGUUAACAACUAUAAUGAUUACGGGGGGAGAAACAGUACGUGAGAUGGGUAUAUCCUGAUCGGAACUUGUCUGCUGUUUCGAAUGCUUCCGAUGAGUUCUUCACUGAUGAGAACGUCAAACAGUUGUACAAGAAUCACGUUCAGGCUGUGCUUACGAGGAACAACACCAUUAGUGGUGUUGUAUACAAGGAUGAUCCUACUAUAAUGGCUUGGGAGCUCAUGAAUGAACCUAGAUGUCCCUCCGAUGUGUCUGGAAACACCCUGAAAAAAUGGAUAGCGGAAAUGGCUGGCUACUUGAAAUCCAUCGAUGCUAAUCAUCUACUAGAAGUUGGGCUGGAAGGCUUUUAUAAUCCAUCAAAUGGCUACAAAAAUCAGGGACUGCCUUAUUAUCAAGUGGGGACUGACUUCAUCAGCAAGAAUCAAAUCCCUGAGAUCGAUUUCAC